ACUCAUCUCCAUCUCCAUCAACCUCCAUUGAUCUCUAACACUAAACCUACUAAUCUCUCUGUUCGCUUCCACAGCUUUUGCCUUGUCCAGAAACCCCUUUGUACGAGUUCUCUACAAGCUUAUUUGAGCUUAUCUGAGAUAGUUCUUCGAGUUCUCGACAAGGUGAUUUGAGAACAAUGGCAGAGACUAAACCAUUGAUUGGUCUUAAAUGGGAACCAAAGCUUCCAGGUUUAUCAUUAGACAUGAAAACUGGUUCAAGUUCAAUCAAAAGAGCUGAGAGUUCUCUUUGGACAUCUAAUUCAGAGCUUGUUGAUGGUCUUUGUGUUCCACCUAAUGAUCCAAAGAAGGUUAAUAAGAUGAUUAGAAAGCAAAUCAAAGAUACUACUGGUUCAAAUUGGUUUGAUAUGCCUGCUCCUACAAUGACUCCUGAGUUGAAAAGAGAUCUUCAGUUGCUUAAGUUGAGAACUGUAAUGGAUCCUGCUCAACACUUUAAGAAGGCUGUUUCACGAUCAAAAAUAGCUGAGAAGUAUUUCCAGAUUGGUACAGUAAUUGAACCAGCUUCAGAGUUCUAUGGGAGAUUGACAAAGAAGAAUAGAAGAGCAACUCUUGCUGAUGAGUUGGUUUCAGAUCCUAAAACUUCUCAGUACAGGAAGCGUAAAGUUAAGGAAAUCGAGGAGAAGAACAGAGCUGUUACGAAUAAGAAAUGGAAGAAGGGAAACACAAAGCAAAGAAGGAACUGAAUCACAACUUUUGUUAGAGUAUGAUGAUAGUUUUGUGACACAUUUUUCAAUUCUAAAAUAUGAUCCAAUGUAAUUCUAGAAUAUGAUCCAAUGUACUGGACACACUUUCUUGUGGUGAGCUAUAGAUUCAUCUUACAUUGUAAUGACCAAUGACUCUUGUUGUUUAUGGGCUUCGUUUAAAGAAUCUGAGUUGCAUAAUAA